GCCGUAGAGCGCAGGCGGAGAAGCCAAAGCGAGGAGCAGCCCGGCCGAAAAGGGAGACGCGAGAGUGACUGGCUUGUUCGGCCGUCCGACCGGCAGGGAUGGAAGCAGAGAAGAUGGACGAGAAUGAAUGGCGUUACCACGGCGAGGGCAACAAGAGCCUCGUCGUCUCGCACAGGAAGCGUUGCAUAGUACUACGUUUCUUGAAGUUUCCCCCAAACCGAAGCAAGACACCAGAAGAUAUCUUUCACCAACUUCAGAAUAUAGUACACUUUGGGAAGCACAUUAUGAAGCAGUUUUUUGGGGAAAAAUAUGUCCAUUACGGGGAGGUUGUGCAGCUAUCUUUGGACUUUGUAAGACAGCUUUGUUUAAAGAUCCAGUCAGAGCGACCAGAGUCUCGCUGUGAUAAAGACAUGGAUGCUCUUAGUGGCUAUGCUAUGUGCCUUCCUAACCUCACCAGGCUACAUUUUGCUGAACAUCGACCAAUACUUUGUGUAGAGAUAAAACCCAAAUGUGGGUUCCUUCCAUUCUCCAGCCAUGUUUCACAAGAGAUAAAACACAAAGUAUGUCGUUACUGCAUGCAUCAGCAUCUAAAGGUAGCAAAAGGAAAGUGGAAGCGGCCUAGCAAAUACUGUCCACUAGAUCUCUUCUCAGGAAAUAAACAACGAAUGCACUUUGCCUUGAGAAGCCUGUUACAAGAGGCUCAGAAUAAUUUAAAAAUAUUUAAGAACGGUGAGCUAAUUUAUGGCUGUAAAGAUGAAGACACGCUCUCUGAUCUGAAUGAACUUGCUUGCCACCUGAAGCCUUUCUUCUUUCCUUCAAAUGGCCUGGUCAGUGGGCCACAUUGUACAAGGACAAUUCUGAAAGAAUUAAUCCACGUAAUCACGAUGACUCUGUUAAGUAGCACAGAUGACUGCAAAGCAGGGGAUAUGAAGACAGUUCCUACCUCACAGGGAAGGAGUUAUUGUGAAGCCAGUGCUUUCACUAAAGAGCUUAUAAGAAAUGGUAAAAAUAAAACAGAGACAUCUGGUUUGCCAAGGGAUUGCCUGCUCUACAAAACGCUUCAGGUGCAGAUGUUGGAUUUGCUGGACAUUGAGGGCAUUUAUCCUUUGUAUAACAGAGUAGACCAAUACUUGGAAGAGUUUCCUGAAGAGAGGAAUGUAUUACAGAUAGAUGGGCCUUACAAUGAAUCAUUCUAUGAAAAGCUGCUAGACCUCUCAACAGAAGAUGAUGGAACAGUAGAUUCUGAGCAGAGGCUGGUGGUUCCAACAUCAAAAUCAAGAUUCACCUUUUCACUCUCAGUUUUGGACUUGGAUCUUAAGCCAUAUGAAAGCAUUCACCAUCAGUACAGACUGGAUGGGAAGAUAGUAAACUAUUAUUUGAAAAACACACAGGCCAAAGAUGACUCUGUGAUGACUGGUCUCUUGAAAGAGAAUGAAAACUGCACACUAGUUCUCCACAAAAUGUAACUAGCUAGAUUUGUGAGCAC